AUGGACAAUAAACUCCUCCGGGAUCCAGGCUUGCCUGUUGCUAAUCCCACAACUUCUGCCUGGCAGCAACCCUUGAACAGGUCGAUGAUUACAACGACGGACCUCCCAACACAUCAGGACGUAGUUAUCAUCGGUUCAGGUAUCACUGGCUGCAGUAUUGCAUGGCACCUGCUACAUCAUUCCGAAUCUUUGAAAGUCACCGUACUUGAUGCCAGAGAGAUAUGCUCCGGAGCAACGGGUCGAAAUGGUGGACGGAUCAAUUGCACGGCUGUUCAAGACUUUGACAAAUAUACAAAGCUUUUUGGACGUGAAAUGGCUGCUCGCAUUGUUCGCUUUGAACUUGCACAUUAUCAGUCCAUCAAGGAAGUCGUUGAAAGUGUCGGCCCUGAGCUUGUGUCCAAGUCGGAAUUGAGAUGGAUCAAUGCGGUCUACGCUGUCUUCGAAGAUAGCGAGGUGGCCGAACUCAGGUAUAUGCUGAGAUCCUUCGAAAAUGCAUUUCCUGAUCUGCAAGGCCGCUGGAAGGUGAUUGGAAAGGAAGAAGUGACAACGAAGUACGAAAUCAGCAAUGCCAAAGGCGCUUUAGUCGGAGAAGCAGGAGCUGCAUGGCCUUACCGCAUGGUUACCGGCGUCUUCGAACACCUUCGAUCUUCUUUUCCUGAGCGAUUUUCGUUAAGCUCCAACACACCUGUGCAAUCAAUACACAAAACAACGGAUGAGCAGCAUCCCUAUUCUCUGACAACUCAAAGGGGCACCAUCCGUGCCACGCACAUCUUCCACAGCACAGAAGGCCAUGUGGCACAUCUUCUCCCUCGCCUGAGGGGAAUCUUGGUGCCUCGCAGAGGUCAGAUGACGGUCCAAGACGCCCACAACGUUGUGGCAAAGGACAAGCUCCAGUCGUGGUCAUUGAUGAUGCAAGGGGUAUUUGACUAUGCUACGAUGAAUACUAAAACAGGUCUGGUUUAUAUCGGAGGGGGCGAACAGGAAAACAAAGAUUAUUCGAUGGGCGUUCCAUCAGACGCCGAAGAGGAUCUGGCAGCGCUCGCACACCUUGGCGGUGUACUACCUGCGGCAUUCGGGGGCAAAACUCCCUGUGAGCGAGCGAGCCAUGUGGAGGUGCAGGCUUCAUGGACGGGCAUCAUGGGCUUCUCUCUUGAUCACGCUCCGCUGGUGGGGAUGCUGCCACAAGAGCUCCUGGAUCGUCCAGCCGGGUCGAGCACGUCUGCGGAGUGGAUAUCGGCUGGAUACGGGGGCUAUGGGAUGGUCAACGCCUUCCUAUGUGGAAAGACAGUGGCGAUGAUGAUGCUAGGACGUCAAGACCAAUACCCCGAGAUUCCGUCGGUUUAUCUGAUAACAGAAUCCAGAGCUCGCGCUUUGAGUGCUAGACUUGGCCGCAUCACGUCUUGGAAAGACCAUGUGCAAGCCAUGUUGUAG